GCAGGCUUUUAAACUUGGUCUUCUUUAUGUUUGGCCUCUAAUUUGGAUGGUCGAACUGCUGAAAUUCACUGUUACAUCAUUGUUUGUGUGGAUGUAUUAGAGACAUAUUCCGGUGCAUCUGUGUGCAUCUUUUGUCUCUGCAUACUUUGGAUAAUUGUAUUAGCUAUUGUUUGAAAAUGUCAUUAGACAUUAAAUCAGUUUAUUUAGCUAUUGUGGGCUAAUCCAAACAUACAUGAUAUAACACCCUGCUCCUGACCUUUUCCUGUUAGCAGGCUUUCAGCAGCUCUUUCCUGAGCUCUCUUGGACCUCAGGUGGUGGGCAUGGAGGAAGAGCUUUAACCCUCUGGGUGUAUUCUGUGAAGGCUACAGGGCAGGCUAAAGGCACUACAGCUCACUUUGCAGCACAGGAGAAACAGGAGAGGAGAUGUAUAAGAAGGGAGCAACAGAAGAAGAGGAAGAACUUACUGCAGAGGAAAAGAGGAAACUGGAAAGAAAAUUAAAAAAAGAGCGCAAGAAGAAGGAAAAGCAGCUGAUGAGGGAAGCUGGGAUCUCUAUCAAAAAGGUGGAGCCCAAAAAGCAGUCAGGAUGUGAGUUGGCUCUGGCCUAUUUAACCAGCUGGUCUGAAAACCCAGAAGAAUGGAAGUUUCAAAAGACAAGACAAACCUGGCUCCUCUUGCACAUGUAUGAUAAAGAGAAGGUUCCAGACAAGUAUUUCACCAUUUUACUGGAUUAUCUGCAAGGGCUUCAAGGCAGUGCACGAGACUUAACUGUGCAGAAAGCUGAAGCUUUUAUGAAGGAAUUUGAUGAUUCCAAUGCAGAAGACCCAAACCUCUUGGACAAGUGUGAGCGCAUACGACAAGUUCUACAGCUGCUGUCCUGAGAGUAUUUUUGUAUCUUAACAGUUGCCUGGCGGAGAGGAUAGGUUGUCAUAUAUAGAGACUAUAAAUUAGUUGUCAAGACAUAUUUUCUAAUAAGAAGCCUAAUAUGAUAUGUAUUCUAAUACUGGGUAUUCAGAUUUUGUACGCAUAAGUUUUUCCAGUUGCACAGAUUUAUCCUGUUUUGAUGUGAUAAAAUAAAAAUAACAUAUUUGGUCCAUAGACGUGUUAUUAAAGUAAUCUUAAAUGCAUAUCUUUAGAAAAAUAAACCUCUCUUUCUCGUUAGUUUUUCUCCAUCUCCCCCUGUAAUUACUGUUAAAUAAGAGGAGCUUUGCAGUUCUUAAUAAGAAGAGCAAAGGAACCAACAAAAAGCCUGGAGGGUCUUUUACAAUGGCAGCUUUUAAAAUGAGCAUACAGUACAGUGUUUGCUCAGCCAGCUGUAAUCUAUCACUUUCAGCUUUAGAAGUAUGUCAUUUGGAUUUGGGAAAGAUCAUUUUCAGUCUGUUGAACAUGGGUUGUAUAACACAGUUGCUUAUUAGUACUUCACACGGUGAUCUGGGGAUACCAUCAGCUUUGUUAGUUUUCCUUUUAUAUUUUGAAGUUUUCAAAUGCAUUAUGGCAAUUGUUUAGAUAUUCAGAUAAUGCACAGAUGGGAACAGACCAAAUCCUUUGACUCUACGUAGUGAAGUCAUCUGAUUGUACCAACCCUAUGAUGAGAAGUGCUGUGCUGCAACAUUUUGUAGCUAGCCUGCCAGUAUUGCAUUUUCAUCUUUCUCUUUUAACUGGCGUCCAAAAGAGUUAAUUUGUGUUCAUUCACUUUGAUGUGAGACAUUUGUCUCCUGUGAACAUGCUGAAAAUACGAGGCUUUCAAGUAGAAAACAAGGACAUUAAUUACUCAAACGUUGGAUGAUUGGCUUAUUUAAUAACACUUGUAUUCAGUCACUGUUCUUGACCUGAUUCUUUCAUGUUUCUGCAAACAUUGUUCAUACUUUAUUCAUAACAACUAUAUGAAAAGUGUAGUGUUUAAGAAGAGUGGCUGUCUUUGGGAAUUACAGCUUUAAUUUGGGUAUGUGGAGGAGGGGAGGAUCUAUGGAUAUGUGGGCCUAAUUUUUCAAUAAGAAGCAUUUGAGUGGAUUUGACAGCCUUUACAGUCAUGGCUUAGUUGCAAAUCUUCAGAAAUAUGAAAUAUAUUACUAGUUACAAAUAACUUACGCUUUCUGACUUCUUGAAGGUGAUGUUUUCAGCAAAAAAAAGACUAGGGACCAGCAUGCCCUGCUCUAACACAAUAGCCAGCAUGGAGUGAGCAGAACUCAGCAGCAGUGACCAGCCUCUCCGCUGAGCUGCCGAUCCCUCAGCAGCAGCUCAGGUAUUGUUCAGUUACCAUGGGACAGUGAUUGGUUGGGGACUGCCGAGGAUGCAGCAAAGACCUAGAGCUUUUAGAGGCCCAGAGCUGUAUAAAAUUGACUUUGCAGUUUAAAAGUUGGUGAAAAGGACCUGUAAUAAAGAGAAGCGAUACUGA